UGAGCCCGCGGGAGGGCCGGUGGGGCACCGUGUGUCCAGCAGGUUGGAGGCUGUCGUGUGCCGGAGCAGAGAUGGGCAGCUGACAGCUCACCGAGUUCGGAGACGGUGCCAGGUGCUCAGCCAAACCCACAUGCAGGACCACUUGUGGGGGCAGCCAGAUCGUCACACGGCUGACAGCCAGGUCGGAUGGCCGGCCAGCCAUGGCGGCUGCAGGCUGGCGGGCAGUUGGUCUGAGCAGCGUCGGUCGGCCGGUCAUUCGCGCAGCCUGAUGGUCAGGACAGCACAGCGAGCCACCAGAUUCCUCAGCUGCCCUGCAAGCCUGGCAUAGGAAGCUGAAAGGAGACCCUGAUGGUCAGUGCCUGGGAGACGGCCACGCCCUCAGACACCCAGCCUCAAGGUCCGCCCCGGGGGCCCCAUGGCGGCCUCGCAGCUGGCAGCCCUGGAAGGAGUGGCGUCGGCGGCCGGGGAGCCGCCCCUGACGGAGACCAGCCCGGGCUUCCUGUAUUCCGAGGGCCAGCGGCUGGCACUCGAGGCUCUGCUGAGUGAGGGCGCCGAGGCCUUCGAGGCCUGUGUGCAGCGCGAGGAGCUGCGGCCCUUCCUGAGCCGGGCCGAGCUGCAGGGCCUGGCUGCCACGGCUGAGGACUGGACGGCGGCCAAGCAGGAGCCCGGCAGCGCCGAGGGAGCCGUGGCCAGUGGGGACCCCCGCAGCCUGACCUACUGGCCGGGGCAGUCGGAGGAGCCGGUGCCGGUGCUGCGGCUGGGCUGGCCGGAGGACUCGGGCUGGAAGGGCAUCACCCGGGCGCAGCUAUACACCCAGCCACCGGGCGAGGGCCACCCAUCCCUCAAGGACCUGAUGCACCAGGAAAUCCAGGCCGCCUGCAAGCUGGUGGCCGUCGUCAUGGACAUAUUCACGGACCCAGACCUGCUUUUGGACAUGGUGGAUGCCGCCACCCGCCGCUGGGUGCCCGUCUACCUGCUCCUGGACCGCCAGCAGCUGCCUGCCUUCCUGACCCUGGCCCAGCAGCUGGGGGUGAAUCCCUGGGCCACUGAGAACCUGGACAUCCGCGUCCUGCGGGGCUGCAGUUUCCAGAGCCGCCGGCGACGGCAGGUGACGGGCGGGGUGCGGGAGAAGUUCGUGCUGCUGGACGGUGAGAGGGUCAUCUCAGGGUCCUACAGGUACAGCCCUCACCCCGUGUCCCGCCCCCAGUCUCCGAGCACACGGAUCCCCGCCCAGCCUCUGGCUCCUCAUCUUCCAGCCCGGCCCAGCCGGUCCCUGUGGGACCUGAGCCGCCUGUCCCAGCUGUCCGACUCCAGUGAUGGUGACGAGCUCAAGAAGUCCUGGGGCUCCAAGGACACCCCAGCCAAGGCCCUGAUGAGGCAGCGGGGCACUGGGGGGGCCUCCAGGGGUGAGGUGGACUCCCAUCCACUCGCCAGGCCCCAGCCCUGGGGCGGCCCCCUGCCCCUCAUCCCUGCCGGCCGCCUCCACUACCUCUCCCCGACCCGAAGGAGGUUUGGAGACGAUGCUGCACCCACAGCCCUGGAACCCAGGAGUGGCCGGCAGCCAGGCUGGGCCACCCAGGCAGGACUCAGGGGGCGACCCUGACAGAAGCCAGAGCCACCCUGGGCUGGCCCAGCCCAGGAGGGCUGGACGACAGUGUGCUGGGAGCCGGGCCUCAGAGUCUGGGAAGCAGGAGGGAUUUUCCCCACAAGGAUCCUAGAACUUGGGCAAGUCCCACGCCCACCCUAGACCUCAGUGUCCCAGUCUACAAAAUGGGCAGAACGUCUGGAGGAGCUGGGAUCCCAGAACAUUGCACAUCCCGCCCCGGGCCAUGUGAGGACUUCUCUGAGGGGAGGCCUGGCGGAGGGCCCCAGGCUGGGCUGUGUGUGGGGACCCUGGGGGGCGGGGUGUCCCUGGGGCCCACCUGCUCAGAAGCCUGGGCAACUGAGCUGGGCUCGGGAGGAGAGACCUCAAUCCAGGGGGUUGAGCUGAGUGAGGAGGGACUCAGAUCGGUGGGGACACGCCUGCUGGGAGCGGCUCAGGGCCCUGGUGAUGGGCUGGGCAGGUGCUGGGACAGUUUUAUGGGUGCCGAGGGGUUAGUUGUUAGGGUUCCCUUUUACCUCUGCCCAGAAUAAACCUGCCUCCUGCC